AUGCGUGUCGUAGCGUUUGUUAAAAGAUAUCCAGCGAAUCUCAUCAGGAAACUGGCAGGAAAGCCCAUUGCCACCGGUCCACUGACUCAAUUGGAGCUUAAGGAGGCAGAGCUGUUUAUUCUGAAGCAAGUGCAAGAUGCUGAGUUUGCUGCAGACAUAGAGCGACUGAAGAAACCGAACCCUGUGCCGUGGAAAAGGGUGAUACCAAAGAGUAGCACUCUAUACGGUCUUAGUCCCACGCUGGAUGAAGAUGGACUGCUGCGAAUGAAAGGUCGUAUAGACGCUUGCGAAUUUGCAGAGGAGUGUACCAAGCGCCCGAUACUGCUGCCGAAACGUCACCCAAUAACAGAUCUCAUCAUCAUGAGCAUUAGGACCGUGCUCAACGAAAUUCGCCGUAGAUUCUACGUACCUCAGCUCCGUUCUGUAUACCGCCAUGUGCGAGGUCGCUGUCAACUCUGCAAGAACCGACAGGCAAUGCCGGUUACACCAGAAAUGUCCGCUCUUCCGCCUACGCGAUUGAAAGCCUUCAGUCGCCCAUUCUCCUACGUUGGUAUCGAUUACUUUGGGCCAAUGUCGGUGGUUGUCGGCCGGAGGAUUGAGAAACGCUGGGGUGUGUUGAUCACUUGCCUCACCGUGCGAGCAAUACAUAUAGAGGUAGCCCACAGCCUCACAACAUACUCGUGUAUUCUCGCCAUCAGAAACUUCGUCGCAAGAAGAGGUGCACCGAUAGAAAUCGUCAGUGAUCGCGGAACCAAUUUUAUCGGCGCCAGUCGCGAACUGAAGGAAGCGUUGCUGCAAGUGAAUCAGGAACAGAUUAUGAAACACUUCAUCACCACCGAGACCAAAUGGUCGUUUAAUCCACCCGCAUCCCCGCAUUUUGGCGGAGCUUGGGAACGCUUGGUUCAGACUAUAAAGAAGGCCCUUAAACACACACAACUCACACGCACACCUACCGACGAGCUGCUGAGAAACAUGCUAACCGAGGUCGAACUAAUCAUCAACUCUCGACCGCUCACAGAAUUGCCGCAAGAGGACGAUCUGUCCACUGCGUUAACCCCGAAUCACUUUCUGCUCGGAUCAUCCGACGGUUCUAAGCCCCCGAUCGCGUUCGAUGAUAGCAGCUAUGCACUGAGACACACCUGGAAGAUGUCGCAAGUUUACGCUAAUAGAUUCUGGCGACGCUGGGUUUCUGACUACCUGCCAUCCCUGACCCGAAGGACAAAAUGGUUUAAGCAGGUUAAGCCUCUAGCUGAUGGAGAUAUCGUAGUUAUUGUGGACGAAACGUUGCCGAGAAAUUGCUGGCCAAAAGGUCGGGUGGUUCGUGCAAUCCAGUCAAAGGAUGGACAAGUUCGUCGCGCUCUUGUGCAGACUGCCACAGGAGUCCUGGAGAGACCAGCAGUGAAGCUUGUAGUAUUGGACGUUGGUGCGACUGUAAGUACAUCGGACCAGUGA